AUGACACCUGAUUUAAGUCAUUUAACUGAUGGUGAAAAAAAAAAGAUCCAAGCUGUUAUUCAUCGACACCGAUCACAAGAAAAAUGCGAGUCUUUUGAAAUUCAAACUCCAGAAGAUGAUUAUUCAUCUCCACCCAUAGCUGUAUCUUCCCGUCCCUAUUUCCAGUCAAAUCAAUCAGCUGGAGUUUGUCAAAUUUGUCAAAAUACAAAAUUUGCUAAUGAAGAAUCGUCUCGUCAAUGUUCCACAUGUAACAAACGCUUCUGUGUACACUGUGGUAUUCGUCUAAAGUCACAAUACUAUCUUUGUAAUCCAUGUCGACAAAAACAAGAACAUUACUUUUCAUCAACAAAUAAUAUUUCUAAACAAUAUUUAUCGGAUUAUAUUUUAUCUCAAAAUUUUCAUGAAAAUCAAACGAACCAACAUGAUGCUAAUCGAAAGCAUAUCUCACCAAAACUAGAAAUAUCUAAUGAUAAUGGCGAUAUUUCAUCACCUGAGUCAAUGUUUAAGUGUGAUAAUAAAAAUCGAUUAUUGCCUGAAAUGAAAAAAGAUAAACGUUCAAUAAAUAUCCUACGAGAUUUUCAAUAUCAUUCACUUGAAGAAAGAGAAUCAGGCCAAGAAUCUACAUUAAAAGAUUCCGGUAUCGAUACAGCUAGUUCAAGUACCAUACUCAAUGUUAUAUCAUCGGAUCAAUUUAAAAAGCCAAUUACGUAUUGGUGUUUUAGUGAAACACGAACUGAACAAAUUGGUUAUAUUUAUUUGAAAAAUAAUCUUACAACAUAUGAUUACGAGCAAAAACAAAUAAAUAAAGAAGAUCUUUUAAAUGCAUUAGGUUUAAGAAUACAAUGUGGUGUUCGAUAUGAAAAUGAAUAUAUUACAGAAAUUAUUAAAGUCAUACGAGGAAGUAUAGCAGAUAAUUAUGGACAAUUACAAGUCGGUGAUCAUAUACUUGAAUGGAACGGUGAAAAAUUAUCAAAUCUUAGUCCACAAGAUGUGAAUCGAAUUAUUUUGCAACAUUCAAUGCAAAGUCCACAAAUUCAUAUGAUUGUGAAAAGAUUAAUUAGACAUCCCGCAUUGUCUAACAAUGAUCCUUUAUCGGCAAACCGAACCGCUCGAGAAGAUCAAACAAUAUCAUCAACAAUAGAGAACGGCGGUAUUCAAUUACAACUUUCAUUUCAACAUGAUCAAAACCAUUUGCAUGUUAUGAUAUACGGUGCUAAAAAUAUUCCUCUUCGGCAAGGUUUAUUUGCUUGUCAGCUAUCAUUGCAAUAUGGACGUGAUAUAUUAUCAAAAGAAGAAAAAUGUACAAAGGCUCAAUCAUGCUCUUCUGGUAUAUGUAUAUGGAAUCAACGGAUAAUAUUUUUUGAUAUUGAACCGAUUGAUAAUAUUUUACUAUGCGUUAAAUUAAUUAAUCUCGAACAUAAUCAAGAUAUUUUAGGAGAAAUAAAACUUUAUAAACUUAAUUUAAAUAAUAAAUGUGAAUGGUUUUCUUUGAAUGAUACAUCAACCGGACUAUUACUCGAUCGUACAUAUUUGUCCACAGUCGACAUUCCACCAACGGCUAACAAUCGUAAAAGACAGCUGCCAGACAUUCCUCUGGCAAGACUACAAGCCAAUACUGAAAAAGUUUCACAAGAGUUACUCCAAAAGGCUGUUCAGAUUAAAUUAGGUCUUCAUUCACAAUCAAAAGUUGAUAUAGCUUCAAUAAAACAGCAUAGUGUUGAUCAUGCAGAUUCUAUUCAGCGAGCAAUAUCGGACGAACCUUCGUCAACAAUAGAUAGUAGUUCACGAAAAUCAAUGACUAAUUUAUCAUCAACAUCAAAAACAUUGCUAGCAAGUAAGAUCAAAGACAAGCCACGUAUACCAAUCAUACGAGAUCGAAGUGCUCCGCAUGCAACACUAUCAACACGGCGAGUAACUAUAGUGGGAGAAGAUGGAGCCAGUAUUGAAAAAUCAAAAUUGAAACCUCUAGAAGAUCGAUACCGACGAGCUAUUACAAAACGAUAUUCUAUGGAAGCGCCCGGUGAUGAUAUUGAUUCAGAUGGAUCCGAAUUAUCGUCUGCAUCGAAAAUUAGUUCUACUAGUAUGUUGUCAGCUAAAUCGGAACGACCUGGAAUUAUACGAAAAACUCGAUUGCAAACGAACGCCAAAGAUCAAUUUCAUCGUACUGACGAAGUACAAUUAAGAGAAGAAGAACUUCGACAAUUAGCUAUGAGUACAUAUGAAACAAGAACAACUUUGGAUACUACUAAUAAAGCAACGAUCAUUAAAACGAAUACAGUAGUCCCUCCGACAACUAUUGUUCCCGAUGAGAAAACAGUUAAAAUUGAUCAACAUAAUGAUGGUACUGUAUCUGAUUCAGCUUUAAGUUCUCCAUCGGAGCUAAUUAAAAAGCAACGACCAUCAAUGUCUUCGAAAGCUUUUGUUAUACUUGGUUUAUCAAAAAAAGCCAAUAGUUCAUCAAGUCUUGGCAGUAAUAAGAGAUAUGGGUUUCAAAGAAGUGAAGAAAUUGGUGUGCAACCUCAUUUACGUAGUCGAGCAAUGCAACGACAACUAAGCAAAGAAAAUGAAACACCAAGUAGUGCUCCACCUUCAGAUUCGUCGCGAUCACCAUUUAAUCGAAAUCUACAACGUGAUCAAUAUCAUUCAAUGCCUCAUAACAUCGAGCUUUGGUCUGGUGCACUCAAAUUGCCUCAUGAACAUCAAUUUGCUGAUUUUAUUGAGGGUUUAGGAACAGGACAAUUAGUUGGACGACAAGUUCUCGCUUCUCCUUGUCAUGGUGAAAUUCAAAUAGGUCUUCGCAAUCAUCAAGGCUUGCUUGAAAUUGAAAUCGUAAGAGCCAGAAAUUUACUUCAGAAAGCUUUAUAUAGAACGCCGCCAGCACCAUAUGUGAAAGUAUAUUUACUUGAUGGGAAAACAUGCAUAGAGAAACAACGUACUCGAGCGACGCGUCGCACACUCGAUCCACUUAUUCAACAGACACUUAUGUUUAAAGAAAACUUUCGAGAAAAAGUUUUACAAAUCAGCGUUUGGGGCGACUAUAGUAAAUUAGAUCGGAAAGUUUUCAUGGGCGUUUGUCAAGUAGGUUUAAAAGAAGUCAAAUUAAAUUCGUCGCAACAAAUUCUUGAUUGGUACAAAUUGUUUUCUGCGAAUUCCUUAAUGAAUAGUUAUAUGAUUGUCCAACAAUCAAAAAGAAAAACUUCAUUAGCAUAA